AUGGGGCGGCCUCAACGCUCCGCAGCACCGGGGCCGAGUCGACGUAGCACAAGAGCUGCCUCUACAAUCAAAAAUGAACGCAUCACUCGCAGCAGCAGAGCAAAGCACAGCUACGCGCUCGAUGACCCUGAACAAGUCGAGCGCGAUCUCAAUGCUCAGCUCAAGCGCAUGGGUCUGUAUGCUGCCAAUACCACCGGUGACGGCAACUGCCUCUUCCGUGCCCUCUCCGAUCAGCUCUAUGGCCAUUCGGCUCGGCAUGCCCAACUACGCCAGGAGACGUGCGAUCAUCUCGCCGCACGACCCGAGAAAUUUGCUGGCUUUGUGGACGACAAGCCUUUCGAUCAGUAUAUUAAGCUUAUGCGCGAGAAUGGCACUUAUGGUGGUCAUUUGGAACUUCACGCUUUUGCGCAAAUGAAGCAAAAGCAGAUCAAGAUCGUUCAGCCCGGGCUCGUGUAUGUCGUCGAAGGCGUAGAUGAUUCGCCCGAAGCGAGACGGCUGCGAGACGAAAAGGAGCAGGAGCGACUGCGUAUACAGAGCAGUAUUCAAGCAGGUACCGAAAGUGCGCCGCUCACCGAGCGGCAACAGCGAAAGCAGAAGAGGGACGAGGCCAAGCGCGACAAGAAGCCGACAAAACUCGCUCAACAUGACGAGGCAUCCGAGUCUUCAUCCACAUGCACACAGCCAGCGGCAGAUGCGACUAGAUCGGCCUCUCGCACUUCACCUUUCUCCUCGUCGCCUGGAUCAUAUCAAGGUACUAGCGCAGCCUCGGCACCACAACUUGCAGAAGCGUAUGGUCCGCUGUACAUUGCCUACCAUAAUUGGGAGCACUACAGCUCAAUUCGAAAUCUCGAAGGUCCACACUCCGGACUCCCACGCAUCAAGGAGCAGAGCAUAGCAUCCGCUGGUGCCGCAGCUGCAGCGAGUGCAGACAACGGCAAGGCAAUCAAGGAUGCCGCAAACGAGGCCGAGCCGACAAGAGAAGAAAAGAUGGUCUUGCAAAGCAUCAGUGGCGACCAUGAUCUCGACGAGGUUCGACGACUGCUCGAGGAGAAUCAGAACGACUGGGCGCAUGUGGUAGAGUUGAUUCUGGAAAAGGAUGCCAUCAUUGACGAGGAAGAAGUCGGUGCCGAAUUGCAGGCCGUUUCAUCCUCUGGCCAACAAUUCCACGCAUCAGAUCGGCUGACUGUGCCACCACCGCCUCCUCUACCAGAUCAUUUGCGUCACUGGCGCGCCACUUCGCCCUCUUCCGUCGACACUUCGGCCACACACAGCAGUGGUGAAGGCGAUUCUCCCUCGACAACUGCCACAACGGAUGACGGCGGCGAUGCGACAGCCUGCGCCUCACCCGGUUCGUCGAAUCUGUCGCGUGGCAGUACACCAAGCGUAGAAAAAAUCAGCAGCAAACGCGCCGCCUCGUCAGAUGCCAUGACCAUGAGCACAAUCCGCAGUCCCAAGCGACGCUCGCAGAGCCGAUCGCCUGAAUUAGGCCUUGCAGCACAAUCGCAGUCCGUCGAAGCUGUCGAACACGAUGCAUCGCCUGCUUCAGAUGACAAGAAAUCGCAGGAUGGCCAGGCCGUCUAUGAGAUUAUCAAACGCGGCAGAGGCCGUCCGCGCAAAGACGGUCUUCCUAACAAAUCGACCAUCGCCAUUAAACGGCGUGUGCCGACAGCGCGAGAGAAACGCGACGCCGCCCAAGCACGCAAACGCGAACGCCAGCUCGAAAAGAUCGUACGCACCCGCGCAACAAGCAGAGCGGAAGGAGGCGAUAGUGCGGCUGCCAGCGAGCGGCCUUCCCCUGCUGAGGUUUGCGGUUUCCGCGAGCUCAAAAUUUGA